AUGCUUGCUAUCUUUGGGAGUGGUAUUACUACAGGAAGGUACGCAAUGACAUCUCAUCAACCUCUUGGGGUUCCAUCAAUGGUGCAAACCUCCCCAUCAUUUGUAAACCUUGAAGGUUGUGGUUCUGAAUUUGUUGUGGAUGGGAAUGAACCUGGAUUGAGUGCUACUGCUACUGCUCAUGGAGAAGAUGAUGUUGCUACUCGUGGGAAGGAACCUUGUAAGGAUGCUUCCAGCUCCACUGGCAAAAGGAAGAGGGCUAGCUUGAUGAGUGAAGAAGAAGUUUUGGUCAUGAGCAACAUGUCCGAUGCAGUCCGCGAAGUUGCUGUUGCUAUCAAGUCCACUGGAGAGGCACAUCCUGAACUUUAUGAUGUUAUCAUGGAGCUCCCUGGUUUUUUCUGA